CGUCCCCCCGCGGGGCCCGGAUUGGCGGCGCCGCCGCCUCCCCGCCGCUGCCGCCGCCCGGCGCGGGCAGGAGCGGCCAGUGCCAUGAGCCGGGGCUGAGGCGAGGGGCCGGGGCAGUGCCGAGAGCCGCGGCUGAAGGUUGAGUGUUCCCAGAAACCUUAACACUGCUGAGAGAUUUCAGGCAAGCUGAAAGCAGUGCCUGACAGUUUCAGAAAAUUCUGUGAGUGGCUGAAAAGAUGCACUAAGAGACUCUGACGCAUCUCUGGAACCUGCAAUGACAAGUCGGAACAGUAGCCAUGCAGACAAAACUGGUGAAAUGUCCUCAAAGCAGUCAACACCAAAAGUGCAGGUCCAACGAUCUGUCUCCCGAGAAACCAUCACAAUUCAUUUCUCUGCAUUUGGGAAGGAGGAAGAAGAGGAGGAAGAGGAGUUUAAAGAGUUUCUUGAUGAGGAACUAGAUGACCAAAGCAUUGUAACAGCACUUGAAGCCAAGGAAGACCUCUGCUUUGAGCAUACCGGCCAUGACCUUUUUGGUCCAGCUACCUCGCUUAACGUGGCCAACUCUGCAUUACCGCUGUCCUCACCGCCUGCAGUCCUGCCAGCUGCAGAAACUGUAAAGCUGUUGGAUUCUCCUUCCCCAUCCCAAGUACUCAGUGCAGUGCCACCAGUCCUGUCUCCAUCGUCACACUCAUGUCACACAUUCGGCUCAUCAGGUGCAGCAGCACCACCUGUGGAACAGAAAUCCAGUCUGUCUUCCCCGUCCUCAUCCCCUUCCAGAUCAGUCGCCUGCUCUAGUGGAUCAUCCACAGUUUCUAGUUCAAAGCCUUUUAAGGGGUUAGUCAAGUCCUUUUCAACAGAAGUGGAACCAAAAGAACCCACCCCACCGAUGCGACAUAGACACUUAAUGAAAACCUUGGUGAAAUCUCUGUCUACAGACACUUCUAAGCAGGAGUCUGAAGCUGUGUCUUACAGGCCACCUGACUCGAAACUGAACUUGCAUCUGUUCAAACAGUUCACUCAACCUCGAGCUACAGGUGGUGAUUCUAAAACUGCCCCCUCCUCUCCAUUAACAUCCCCCUCCGACACUCGUUCCUUUUUUAAAGUACCUGAAAUGGAGGCUAAAAUUGAAGAUACGAAGAGACGCCUUUCUGAGGUAAUCUAUGAGCCUCUUCAGCUGCUCAGCAAAAUAAUGGGUGAUGAAAGUAGUAGCCACAGGCCCAAAGCCUUAUCUUCAAGUGCUUCAGAACUCUCAAACCUUUCCAGUUUGAAUGGCCAUUUGGAAAGCAAUAACAACUACAGCAUUAAGGAGGAGGAGUGUGAUUCUGAAGGGGAUUUCUCUGGGGGUGACUUGAGCCUGACUACAAGCGAUCAGUCAAGAGGGGCAGAAGAACAUACGAAAGAGAUGGAGACUAAAAGCUCUCAGUCUGCAAGCACAAAGGAUGUGGGGUCAAAACCUUCACUUGUACUUGAAAAAUGUUUGUUGUCUGCACUAGUGAGCAGGGAGGAUGAGGAGUUUUGUGAACUGUAUUCCGAAGACUUUUUCUUGCUAGAGGAAGAAAGCAAAACUGAUAAACCUGCUGAAACUGUGGUGGAACCUGAGAUGACUGAGGAAACUGUUACUAUGCUCAGUAGUGAAGAUGAAAAUAAUCUGGAUGUGCAACAGUCUGAAAUACCAGUGAAAACUUUAUACUUAUUAAUACUGUUAGUCUAUGCUUACCUUAUUAUCCCUCUCCCUAGCUAUUUAAGUGGACUUUUACUUGGAAUGGCCCUUGGAUUUAUGGUAGCUGUCUGUGUGAUUUGGCUUCUUAUUCCACGUACUCAUGAGUAUCUCAAAUUGCAUAAAAGCAUGAAAAAGCGAUGGAAUACAGGAGCUCUAGACAUCAAAGAACCUGAAAUACUGAAGGGAUGGAUGAAUGAAAUUUAUAAUUAUGAUCCAGAAACAUACCAUGCUACGUUGACUCACUCUGUCUAUGUGCGACUUGAAGGCAGCACCCUACGACUUUCAAAACCCAAUAAAAAUAUUUCUAGGAGAGCUGUGUACAAUGAGCCAAAGCCUGAAGUCACAUAUGUCAGUCAAAAAAUUUAUGAACUAACAGACAGCAAGAUUUCCCUGGUUCCCAAGAGCCUGGCACGGAAACGCAUUUGGAAUAAGAAAUACCCAAUUUGCAUUGAACUCGCCAAGCAGGAUGACUUCAUGGCCAAGGCCCAGCCUGAGAAGGAGACUGCAGAGGAGAAACCUGCUGAAAAGGGGGACUCGAACAAUGAGGAAUCCAAGAAGCCUCAGGAUGGAGCCAAGUCCACUUGCCAAAAGGAUCAAGUGCUUUACCUCUUUGGAAGGACGGGCAGGGAGAAGGAGGAGUGGUUCAGGAGGUUCCUUCUCGCAUCAAAGCUCAAGUCUGAAGUAAAGAAGCAACCCAGUGGGAGCAAGCCAGGGGUGCUGCCAGCACACAGCAGAGCUGAUAGUCAGUCUGGAGUGCUCACACACAGCCGGAGCAGCAGCAAGGGAAGCGCAGAAGAAAUCACAUCCCAGCCAAAGCACAAGGACCUGGCUGGCAACGUGAGGCAGAAAAUGCUUCUGGACUACAAUAUUUAUAUGGCAAAGUGUGUUCCACAAGAAAAGAAAAGCCCUUCAGGUAGUCCAGUCCUCAGUGCAGACAGCAGCCCUACAGCUGUGAAAAAGUUGUCAGAUGCCAGUGUGGAAGCUGAAGAAGAGGAACAGGAGGCCUGGGUGAACGCUCUGCUUGGAAGAAUAUUUUGGGAUUUUUUAGGAGAGAAGUAUUGGUCUGAUCUAGUGUCGAAGAAGAUCCAAAUGAAGCUUAGCAAAAUAAAGCUGCCCUACUUCAUGAAUGAGCUGACUCUGACUGAGCUUGACAUGGGGAUAGCAGUGCCCAAGAUCCUUCAAGCCUUCAAACCUUCUAUUGAUCACAGAGGACUUUGGGUUGAUCUGGAAAUGUCCUACAAUGGAUCUUUUCUAAUGACCCUGGAGACCAAGAUGAAUUUGACCAAACUUGGUAAAGAGCCACUUGGGGAGGCGUUUAAGGUUGGCGAGAUCGGCAGGGAAGGUUUCAGGCCAAGGGCGUAUUGUCUUGCAGACAGCGAUGAGGAAUCCUCCAGCGCUGGCUCUUCGGAGGAGGAUGAUGCUCCUGAGCUGGCAGGAGAGAAGCAGGUGACCCCAGGAGCAGAAGGGUAUGUUGGAGGACAUCGGACAAGUAAAAUCAUGAGAAUUGUGGAUAAAAUUACGAAGUCAAAAUACUUUCAGAAAGCAACAGAGACUGAGUUUAUUAAGAAAAAAAUUGAAGAGGUCUCCAAUACUCCAUUGCUGCUAACAGUUGAAGUACAGGAGUGCAGAGGAACACUAGUGAUUAACAUUCCACCUCCACCCACUGACAGAAUAUGGUACGGCUUCCGAAGGCCUCCCUACCUGGAGUUAAAAGCGCGGCCAAAACUUGGUGAGAGAGAAGUGACUCUGGUCCAUGUAACAGACUGGAUAGCAAGGAAACUGGAACAAGAGUUCCAGAAAAUCUUUGUCAUGCCAAACAUGGAUGAUGUCUAUAUUCCUUUAAUGCACUCAGCCAUGGAUCCCCGCUCCUCCACAUGCCCUCCUCAAGAUCUGAGCACUGAGGCCUCUGAUCAACCAUGACAUGUGAAGACUCUUGCAGUUUACAGUAUUAUAAAAGUUACUCUCAUGGUUUUAUAAA